AUGGGCCUCACUAUCUUCGACCACCCGCUCAUCCAACACAAGGUCGGGCUCCUCCGCAGCGUCACAACCGGCCCGAAGGAGUUCCGGGAGCUCCUCAGGGAGAUCGGCCUCCUCAUGAUGUACGAGGCCACCCGCAGCCUCGAGCUGGAGGACUACGAGAUCGCCACGCCCCUCUGCACAACCGUCGGCAAGCGCCUCCGCGGGAAGAAGGCAGCGGUCGUUCCCAUUCUGAGAGCAGGCCUCGGCAUGGUCGAUGGGCUUCUGGAGAUCCUGCCCGCCGCGAAGGUUGGACACAUGGGGCUUUACAGGGACCACGAUACCCUGCAGCCGGUGACAUACUUCUGCAAGAUGCCCGUUGACAUGGCCGAGAGGUCCAUCUACAUAGUCGAUCCUAUGCUUGCCACAGCAGGAUCGGUCAUCGCAACUAUCGAUACCCUUGUUAAGAAGUACAACUGUCCUCUUUCGUCCAUUAAGGUCAUGGUCAUCAUUGCAGCCCCAGAGGGCAUCGACAAUCUUCGCAAGGCGUAUCCAGACAUAGAGGUGUUUUGUGCACAGAAGGAUAGCCACCUCAACGAGAAGGGCUACAUUGUGCCGGGGCUCGGGGAUGCCGGUGACCGUAUCUUUGGUACCUUAUAG